CUGGGUCUCUCUGCUCUCCUCCAUCCUCCUCCUCCUCCUCCCUUUCCCUCACUCCUCCCCUGCCCCGUGGCCCCCUUCCCUGUGUGCCACCAUGACCGUGAUGGCUGGAGAAAACAUGGACGAGACUUCGGCGCUCCCUGGCCACCCCCAGGAUAGCUACCAGCCCGCUGCCCACGACGACCACGAGUGCUGCGAGCGGGUGGUGAUAAACAUUGCUGGACUGCGCUUUGAGACGCAGCUCAAGACUUUAGCCCAGUUCCCCAACACGCUGCUGGGCAACCCCAAGAAGCGCAUGCGGUACUUUGACCCCUUGCGCAACGAGUACUUCUUCGACCGCAACCGGCCCAGCUUCGACGCCAUCCUCUACUACUACCAGUCCGGGGGGCGGCUGCGCCGGCCGGUCAAUGUCCCCCUGGACAUGUUCUCUGAGGAGAUCAAAUUCUAUGAGCUGGGUGAGGAGGCCAUGGAGAAGUUCCGGGAGGACGAAGGGUUCAUCAAAGAUGAGGAGAGACCCUUGCCGGAGGGGGAGUACCAGCGCCAAGUGUGGCUCCUCUUUGAGUACCCAGAGAGCUCUGGGCCGGCAAGGGUUAUUGCAAUAGUCUCUGUCAUGGUGAUCCUCAUCUCCAUCGUGAUCUUCUGCCUAGAGACAUUACCUGAGCUUAAGGAGGACAAGGAGUACACAGUGCAUCGCACUGACAACACCACCCAGGUCUACAAAUCCAACAUCUUCACAGAUCCCUUCUUUGUUGUGGAGACCCUGUGCAUCAUCUGGUUCUCCUUUGAGCUGGUGGUGCGCUUCUUUGCUUGCCCCAGCAAGACCGAUUUCUUCAAGAACAUAAUGAACUUCAUUGACAUUGUGGCCAUCAUCCCUUACUUCAUCACCCUGGGCACCGAGAUGGCCGAGCGGGAGGGGACUCAGAAAGGAGAGCAGGCCACCUCCUUGGCCAUCCUGAGAGUCAUCAGACUGGUAAGAGUCUUUCGAAUCUUCAAACUCUCCCGGCACUCUAAGGGCCUCCAGAUUUUGGGACAGACCCUCAAAGCAAGUAUGAGAGAGCUAGGUUUACUAAUCUUCUUCCUCUUCAUUGGGGUGAUUUUGUUCUCUAGUGCUGUAUAUUUUGCUGAGGCUGAAGAACCUGAGUCUCAUUUCACAAGUAUCCCUGAUGCUUUCUGGUGGGCGGUGGUAUCCAUGACCACUGUGGGCUAUGGUGACAUGUACCCUGUGACAAUUGGAGGCAAAAUCGUAGGCUCCUUGUGUGCCAUCGCUGGUGUGCUGACAAUUGCCCUGCCUGUACCUGUCAUCGUGUCCAACUUCAACUACUUCUACCACCGAGAAACAGAAGGGGAAGAACAGGCUCAGUUACUUCACGUUAGCUCCCCUAAUUUAGCAUCUGACAGUGAUCUCAGUCGCCGCAGCUCCUCCACAAUCAGCAAAUCUGAGUACAUGGAAAUCGAAGAGGAUAUGAAUAAUAGCAUAGACAAUUUUAGAGAGGCUAAUCUCAGAACUGGCAACUGCACUGUAGCCAACCAAAACUGCGUUAAUAAAAGCAAGCUGCUGACUGAUGUGUAAACAAAAAAAAACACCACCAAAAACCAAAAUCCCCACUCACAGCUUGAAGACUUUAGUGACACAGUCACAGUUUGUAGAUGCUUUACUGAUAGUCUUUGAAUGCUUUAUUUACCUCGUAAAUGCAUUGUUGCAUUGCGAAUUUUUGCUCUGCGAUAAAGAAACUUCCAGGAUCCAUGAAAGAUAAAAUUUUUGUUUAUUUUCAAAAAAGCGUUUUCCACCUGGCUAUUGAUAACCAUUUGAACUAGUUUAGUUUUAAGCCGUAUGACGUUAGACCUAAACUUUUCCUCUCCCGUCACCCUUUUUUUUUUUUUUUUUUGGAUAAAGUUAACUUAAAACUAAGCAAGACAGUUUUCAGAGCUAUACAGCAUAUGCAUGGAUUCCAGUAAAAAUAUUCUGCAAAACACUGCGCAGUUGCAAGAAAGUGCAUCAGAUAAUAAUAGUAAAAAAAGAUUAGCCAAAACCCUUUGGCAAACAUUUGCCGUGGCUUUUAUGAAGGAGCGCAAAUUUUUCCUUCCACCCCCUCUGUGAAGGAUUCCACACUUCCAACCUACAGAUCCACACAGCACCUUAUUAAAAACGUACUUUAGCUUGGUCUCUUUUGCUGUCCGUAGGAGAACUAUUCUAAAAGGAAAAUAACGAGCGAAACGGAAGACAAAACAUCUGCAAUGCUGCUAAGUUCUCUUACAUGCAGAUGGUAAAAACACACUUUUCUUUUCCCCCCCCAACCCUGUUUGGAACUGGAUACAAAACUUUAAGCCCCUCUGUUGCAAGAUAGCACAAUGGAGUUUAAUAUAAGCAUGUUUGAAUUUGAUACUAUUUAUUUUAUAAUCGCAUGCUUGAAACGUUACCUCAGACAAUAGCGGAUAAGCUUUCGUUUGAACUGAAUCUUCUAAAAAUAGGUCCUUUAUCUCUCUUUUUUCUUUUCUUUUUUUUUUCUUUUUUCUUUUUGAUUUGCAUUCACCAGAAGUGCACUCCUUAAUUUAUUAAAUCGUUGACUAGUAAUUUAAAGUACUGUAUUUAAGUGCGUAUGUUAGUCAAAUGGGAACAAUAACUUUUGGAGAUCAAAGCAUGUUCGAAUAUUCAGCAUUAUGGCCUAUUUGAUUAAAAUGUAACUUGAACUAAUUAAUGCAUGAAUUCAAUGAUAAUGAUAAUAAUAAUAAUAACAACAGUAAUGAUAAGAAUAAAAAUAAAAAAAAAUGUGCUUGAUAGACUGAGGGCCUGAAUGAACUGAUUAGAGAAACCUGAUUGUUUUCCUGCAUUGCUCAGGGAAAUGUGUUGGCUUUUGUCCAGGCGUUGUCAGAAAGGGACAUAUCCCAUCCCUUAAAGGGAAAGCUAUAUGGAAAAUUAAGAAGUCCAGUUAUAUAUAGCAACACCUAAAACCUAGUAUCCUUUAUAGCUGAAAGGUGCAGAUGCAUGCUUUUUGGUGCAUUCUCAGAAUGUAAAUGAAACUUAUCUAUUAUAUGCAUCCAAAUUGCAGCAGCUGGUUUCUUUUGCAGUCAUCAGUUGAGACUUUUUUGUAUUCCCCUAAAACUCGCUGAAGAGACUCAACAGGUUGAUUUAGAUAGUUGCACAGUGCCUUUAUCUUACAUCCCCUAAAUUGCUGAAAGUGCCUCCAGGAACUGAGCUGAUCAGAGAUGUUGAAGGAAAGGGCAAGGCGUAGGCACACUGUCAGAGGUGUUCUGUACUGUCCCCUGGCACAGCACAGGAGGGGGUAGAGAGAGAAGGACCAAGUGUGAGUGAGAGGGACGCAGAAGAGGUGGGCAGAGACCACCAGUGCCCGUGGGAUACCUUCCUUCCCCAGCCAAUCUCAUGCUGCAGGGCUCAGCAUCUGCUUUUGCCAAGUAACUCACGGUUGUGUUUGUGCAAGGCUUCAGGUUUCCCUUGGUUGUUUAUAGCUAUCAUUGUAUCUGCCCUUCCUUUCCCUGAGAUGGCUUUUUGGCAGCCUGUCCCUUCAUGGCAGGACGCAGGAGGAAUUAGGGACCAGCAUGAGCUACGGCGUCACCCAGUCAGGCAACCAGACUGGAGGACUGUGCUUUUCUUUCCCGUACAUUUCCCAGGUGGGUGGGUGGGAAAGGCUUUCCAGUGCCCUCCCAUCCCUGUCUCCUCUCCUCCUCUAUCCCCUUUUGGCAGACUGUCAGAUCUUAAAUCCCAUCACCGAUCAUUUGAGCCAUAUUCUUCUUUCUCGUCCCUAUUCUUACUCCCACCAUCAUCUGGUGAAGGAAGCAAUGCUAGGAGAAGGUAUCUUCUGCAAUAUGCCAGCCUUGACUGCUAGGCCCUGGAAGAUAAUAACCUUUGAUCUGAACUAAUUUAGGCACUAAUCUUUAUUUUUUAAAUGGACAAAGCUGAGGAUCUUCGUUCUGCACUUAGCAUGUGGCCAACUGCUGUUGAACACUUCUCCUUCCACAUUGUACAGAUCCUUUCUUCCCCUGUCUUUCUGAUAUAUGUACAUAUGUGUAUAAAUAUAUAUAUAUAUGUAUGUCUGCUCCUGUGUGUGUCACAUACAUAUGCAGACACAUGUAUAUAUAAAAUCAAGGCACUUAGAGUUAAAAAACAACCCUAACUCUGCAGUUACGCACAAGCUUGACCUGCCAGGUUUCCAGAAAGACUUGGCUUUAUUUCUCACUGUGUGACUUCUGUCAAUCUUAGAGAUGAGAAAGCAAUUAAGAACUGAGGGAGCUCUAACUCCUGCAAGAAAUGCAGAGCAUCAGAUACAACAGGGCAUUACAUCCUCUAGGCAGAUGUUGUAAAGCUUCUUUCCUGUCCCCUGCUCACACCCCCGCCCAUUGUACACCUCUCUCCCCAUUAAAUUUUAGUGGUCCUGAUCUUCCCAAACUCUUGAAUUCUAGGGUAUGACUUCUGAUGUCAAAAUGGACUUGAAUGCUGCACUCAGCUUAUAAAACCACCAACUAAACUAAACAGCAAUAAUCAUUUCAGUGCUACGGGACCGACGAUCAGAAAGAUGCAUUUGGGACGUGAGGCCUCACUUUGGUAACUUCUAACCCCAGCUGGGUAUUGCACACCUUAGUUUAAUGUGCAGAGUGAUAAUCAUUCUGCAUAUGUGCAGAGAAAAGUGCUGCAUGCAGCAAUUCUUCUUUGUCAGGAGACCAGGACGGGUCUUCAGGGCCCAGGGUGGUUUGGGGAGCCCGAAUGUUGCUUUGUCCAUUUAUAGCUCACUGCAAAGGAUCUCAAUACAUACGGAGUACAGGAAUUAACCUCAUGUAGCAUAGGCAUGCAUUUUCAACAAGUUUGACACACAAAAAAAUACCACCAACAACAAAAAAGGCUCUUACUCCCUAUACACAGGAGUGCUGAAAUGUCUUUGUGGGCCUGAAGGUGCACUUAAAAAACUGCCUGUUCUUACCACUAAGUAUUUUUCUUUCUUUCUUUCUUUCUUUCUUUCUUUUUUCCCCCUUUUUCCUCUCUUUUUUUCUUCCUCUUUUGGCCCUUAUAUUUCUUUUUUGCCACACAUGGACUCUAUGGGGUUGUUUAUGUAGUUGGAAGAGGACUGGAAAUGAGCUGAGGGCCAGUUUAUUAGUGCUUCUCUGAAAGAGUCAAGAGAAUUCACUUGGUAGGGAGAAUUCUUUUAGUGGGGACCUCCCAGAAGCGAUGCCCAUGUUAAGCUGGACAGAGAAACCAGUAGAUAUGGCAGUCUUAGCUGGGCUGUAGUUUGGUGAGGGAAAGCAGCUAUUCCAUAAGGAAUCACUACACAAGCCUCCUUCCCCAGCCACUGCCCCCUGCCUCUCUGUGCUUCUUUGCUGCCUCCAAAGAGCUUUUCCUUCAUCCACUUGGUGAAGGGGAUGAGGGAAGUUACCUGGCAGGAGCAAGGCUCCAGUGCACUGCAGUGCAGAGGCAGGAAUCCAGUAGGCUGGAAUCACUGCCAGAAUUCCCCUCCUGGUCCUACCGUACUUAGCUCCAGAGCACUAAGGAACAGGCAGAGGAGAGUGAAAAGGAAAGACUCUGUACCCCGUUCCUUCACAGAACCGAGGGGUUGCUGCCAGACUGCCAAGAGCUCAAACCCUCUGUGUGGCAGCUCCAGCACAGACAAUGAACUGGAUUUAUUUGCCCUUAUGAGGAAGUUAGCGUGCAGUAAGCCAGGGUGUGAGUUCCCAGCAUCCCAGCAAAACCAUGCAGAUUCCCUGCAUGGAGUCUCCUAAGCCUUAUCUCCACUGGGGACUUCAGGAAAGCUAAUCCGAAUCAAUGAAAGGUGUGCAUUCAAAGUAGAUUUGUUAAACCGCUUUAAAGCCCAGCAUGGACAUUCUGUUGCAGUAUUAAAGCAACCUUAAUCUGAUUUGGAGUCAUUCUUUUUGGAGGAAAGUAACCUGAAUUGAAUUAAGGCUGCUUUAAUUCCGAACACAAUGGGGCUUAAUGCAGUUUACCUCAUCUGCCUCACAAGUUCAUUCAGACAGAUAAGCCUUUAGUAAUCAUUAGAUGUACUGGAAUUGACCCUGCUUGGCAGGGGGUGGCUGGGCAGAGUGUGCCCACUGUGCAACAAAACUCUUUAGUACAUGAGUGCUGGAAAUUCACAUCCUGGCUUACUGAGGGGAUAACAUGUUGAUCCUGGCAAGGGUUCUGGUGACUUCCUUCCUUUGUUCCUGGUUUACUCAUUUGUAGGUGUGAGGAGGGUCAAUGCUGACAAUGAUCGCGGCCCAAGGAAAUUAAUUUCCACUUACAAAAUCUCUUCACUGCACUCGUGCUAAACCUGAUUUACUGUUGAUCCUGUGGACAAGCACUUGAAAGACAGUGCGAAGCACUAGAGACAGGGCAAAAUUCAGCAAAUGUCCUCUCGUUUGCAGCAGUGAUUUUUGCCCUUCUUAGCAAAUCACUCGUUAGAGGCUGCAUUGGUCCAAAUCAACAAUUGAUUGAGCAGUGGCAACUUUUAUUGACAGGUUUUGUUGGGUUUUUUUUGUUUGUUUGUUUGUUUUAAAUUAAAGGAUAAUUGUUUUAAAUAGGCAGAAGUACAGAAAGUUAGUUUCUGUUAGGAGAGAGCUGAAGCCCAAGAGUAACCUCUUUAUUUCUAAGCAUGAGGAACUGAGGGUGUUUCACUUUCCCAUAGUUUACACUGGAACGGUGCAGUUUCUUGUAUGCUCAAAUAUUAAACAAGACACAGUGAACAGUAGGACAGGAACAUCUGAAAUUAAUUAGAAAAAGGUGGAAAACUGUAUUUUAGAGCAAAACCUUCUGCAUACAUGUGCAAUCUAUGGAGAGAAUAUAUUCCUUCCCAAAUAUUAGCUGGAUAACUCUUACUGGAGGGGUGCCAUUCUGGAUUAAUCUUUUCCCCUAACAUGAAGAAGAGGGAGGUACUGCAGCUUUUCCAGGAAUGGUCUGAUCCUGUAGGCUUCCAGCAGCCUGAUGCCAAUGAUAUUCACAGUAAUUUCAGACCCACAUGGAUGUGGAACCAGCUCCAAGGUGUGAUUUACCCUCCGUGGCCACAGAGCUGGACAGAACUGGAAAGCUGUGCUUGCAAUUGCACAACAUGGCAAGUUUGUUCCAGACUUGCCCAUUGCAAGUCUGAAACAGGCUUCUUUCCUGAGAUGCUUUGACCAGGGACCUACACUUCAAUUUUUAUUGGACUUUAGCAGGCUUUCUUUUUUUUUUUCCUGUUUUCUGUUGUUCUGGCUUUACUUAAUCAGGUGUAGGGAAUUUAUUUUUCCUGAAAUGCUUAUCAAAUAUUCUUAAAGGUGUCAGUAUUUGUAUCUGCAAAAAAUGAAACUUCAGGGUGUUCUACUGUUUCACUCAGUACAGGUGAACUUGCCACCGGUGAGGUCAACUAUUUAUGCUGUCAAGGCAUAGCAUGCUUUGAUAUUUUCAAAGGAAAUAAAAUGAAACUGAGGUCUUAACUGAAAUUUGUCUCAAAGUUUCUGUUAAUAUUUGUAUAAUUCUGUAUAUUUCACCUGUUCACAGGCUCUAGCAAAUGUCACUAUAAGUUACAAAAAAAAAUAUCAUCUUCCAUUUCUAGUUUCUAUAAUAAAAUGAAGACGCUGCAUUCAGUUCCUUUAGGUGCAUCAGUCUUUGAUCCAUGUUAUUGUUUCAGUGACAUUUCUAUAAAUGUAAUUGGGAUCAAAUGUAUAUUUUACUUUUGUACAAAAGUAAAAAUGAUAUUUUUAUGACUAAAUUCAGCAAACCCUUACCUAUAACCCGCUAAGAUGAAAUCUUUUUUUUUUUUUCUCCUUUCCUUUACAUGUAAAACAUUGUUUAUGCAGUAUGUCGGUUUGAAAUGAAUAAAUAACAGCUGUCAAUAGAACUGUAAAUGGCCUCUCAGACAUACCUCUGACUUUAAAGAUCAAAUAUUGCCGAUGUGAUAUAUAUAAACUGAAUAGUCUCCAUAUGAAAGUGCACCAUCAGGGCAACAAACCAUUUAAGCUGACACAGCUGUACUUAUUUCCACCAUUUACAAAUCGCUUAUACUUUGGUCAAGUAUGUACUUCAUUGUCACAUUACAGCUCAUUUUACUUCCAGUAGUGAAAUUGUUUGACUUACCAUUUUUGGAACAUCUGAUGUUAUGAGUUCUCGAACUAUUUGAAAUGCAUAGUUUUCAUCUAUGCAGUUUUACCUGCUUCUGUACUCGUUCAUCUGUUCAUACUUGGCAUCAAUUAAAGAUAAUUUUUAAGGAUCUUA